CCACCUGCUCCGCCCUUUGCGUGUGCCUCGUGAGUGCGUGCUGACGCAGAACGUCGCCCUCGCAGAUCUGACUGGAAGCCCCGUGAAGAGGACGAAGACCGUGUCUGGGGCUGUUCGUGUUUGGCUUGAAGAAAGGCGGCGAGGAGCGGCCGCGGACCCCGGUGGGAUUCUUCUUCUUCUCGUUGGCUGUGGCACCGGUGGAAGGACGGUGGGGACUGGUUUGCCUUCAAGCGCCGAGGGGGCGGAAGCCUCCGGGGCCUGGGAGGCUAGGCCGCAGCCCGCCAUUGUCUUUGCGUGUGGUCGGUGAGAAGCGAGGACGCCGGCGCCUGGAGGACAUUACGGACUGAGCGGGGACCCGUGAGGACUGGAUUGGGGUUUUCUUUAUUGACUUUACACGGACUGAGCGGAACCUUGUGCGGACUGUGGCGGAGGGACUGGCCUGAGCUCUCUGUGUGUACUGGGACUGUACUGGGACUGUGUGGGAAGGAGGCCUCCUCAUGGCUCCCUGUGUUGUGUCCUCACCAUUUCCCCCCAACACCACCACUAGCGCCGCCGCCAUCCACCUCCUGGGACUGUGUGCUUCCUGAGCGCCCCCUGUCUGUGUGUGUGUGUGUGUGCAAGGCGUGCUGUGUGUGUGUGAGUGAGAGAGUGAGUGUGAUUGAUCUUCUCUCCCUAGCUCUGCCAAUACCUGACAAUUGUUAACAUGUCCUGCGUGCAUUAUAAGUUUUCCUCCAAGCUCAACUAUGACACAGUGACCUUCGAUGGGAUGCACAUCUCCCUGGCCGACCUCAAGAAGCAGAUCAUGGGUCGGGAGAGGCUGAAGGCGGCCGACUGCGACCUGCAGAUCACCAACGCGCAGACGCAAGAAGAGUACACAGAUGAAGCUGCACUUAUUCCUAAGAACUCAUCUGUCAUUGUUAGGAGAAUUCCUAUUGGUGGAGUAAGAACUACAACAAAAACAUUUGUCGUAAAUCGUAAUGAGCCAGUGAGUGGAACAUCAAAAGCAAUUGAUGACGCUUCUUCAUCUAUUUCUCUGGCCCAGCUUUCUAAGACCGCCAAUCUGGCUGAAGCCAAUGCUUCUGAGGACGAUAAAAUCAGAGCAAUGAUGUCACAGUCUGGCCAUGAUUACGACCCCAGCAACUAUAUGAAGAAGCCACUUGGCCCCCCACCACCAACAUAUACGUGUUUUCGAUGUUUAAAGCCUGGCCAUUACAUUAAGAAUUGCCCUACGAACGGCGUAAGUGACAAAAGCUUUGAGUCUGCGCCUAGGAUAAAAAAGAGCACAGGGAUCCCGCGUAGUUUUAUGGUGGAGGUUGAGGAUCCCAAUAUGAGGGGAGCUAUGCUUACAAACACUGGAAAAUAUGCCAUACCAACUAUUGAUGCUGUGGCAUAUGCCAUGGGGAAAAAGGAAAAGCCUCCUUUUCUGCCUGAUGAACAAUCUUCCUCUUCUGAAGAGGAAGAUCCCAUACCCGACGAGCUGCUGUGCAUGAUAUGCAAAGAUAUUAUGGCCGAUGCAGUGGUAAUCCCUUGCUGUGGGAACAGCUAUUGUGAUGAUUGUAUUCGCACAUCUUUAUUGGAAUCCGAUGAGCAUACGUGCCCCACUUGUCAUCAAAAUGAUGUUUCACCAGAUAACUUAAUCGCCAACAAAUUCCUGCGUCAGGCUGUCAAUAAUUUUAAGAAUGAAACCGGUUAUGCGAAGAACAUCCGCAAACAGCAAUCUGCUCCGCCACCACGGCAGCAGCAAACAGCACCAGCUCCACGCACUUCAGCACAGCAAACUCGUUCAUUGACGUCCCGGCAGCAAGAUCCUCUUAUUGCCCCCACUACUGCUACUACUUCUACUACUGCAACUACUAGUGCUACUGUACAAGAAACAACUUCUGCUGCACAGACAACUACUACAAGCCUUUCCACAGCGCCCAGUACAACACAAGCAAACCCUCCAGCUAAUACUCAGCCACAGACGGUUCCCCCUGCAGACCCACCUGCUGCACAGCCAGUCCCUGCCCCCAAGGAGAGGGAAAGGGAGAGAGAAAGGGAGAGAGAGAAAACAGAGCCUGCAUUUCACAGUCAGGAGAAGCGAGAGAGUUCCCGCUCAGGUACUGGGUCUUCUGCUCCAGUUACAUCAGCUAAUGUUUUACCACCAUCCAACAGCCUAAUGAUGGGAGACAAGGGCUUCCAUGUUCCAGUACUUGGCCAGGCACCUCCUAAUACUCACAACCUUCCACCCCCAACUCCACUUAUGCGAGCCAAUAUUUCAAGGCCAUCUCUCCCAAGACCACACAUGGGAUGGGACAACCAUAACCGUGGGCGGCAUCCUCACAAUGAUCGUCCACCUAGAAACCAAGGGCCAUCUAUAGCCUCCUCAGGCCCAGUCUAUGUCCCUCCUCCAACACCUCUUUUUCCUCCACCACCACCACAUGGACUUCAGCUUCCUCCUGGGGUACCACCACCUCAGUUUCCUCCACAGUUUCCUCCUGGUCAGCCUCCCAAUUCCGGCUAUAAUGUUCCACCACCAGGAUUUCCCUCAGCACCUGCCACAGUGUCUGCUCCAUGGGUUGCCCCAGCCAUUCAGGGUGCUCAUUCUAAUGCUCUACCAGCCCAGUCGCUGGCACCUCCUUUGUCCAAAGAGGAGUUUUAUAGAGAACAGCGUCGCCUGAAAGAGGAAGAGAAGAACAAAAUAAAAUUUGAAGAGUUUACAAAUGAUUUUGCUAAGGAACUUUUGGAAUACAAGAAAAUCCAAAAAGAGCGGAAACGUUCAUAUUCAAGAUCUAGAUCUCCAUACUCUGAAUCAUCCUACAGUAAAAGUUCCUACACAUACUCCAAAUCAAGAUCUUCGUCAAGGUCACGCUCCUAUUCUCGCUCUUUCAGUCGAUCACGCUCUCGGUCUCCCUCACGAUCCCCUCCCUCACGAUCCCCUCCUUACCAGAGGAAGACUCAGGGAAAGGGCCGUGCUUACCGCUCCAGAUCACGUUCUCAUGGCUACCCCCGCUCCAGAUCCAGAUCUCCAUACAGAAGAUACCACUCUCGAUCUAAAUCUCCUGCAUAUAGACCUCCAUCUCCCAACAAUAAGAGACUGCUCCCGCAAAUUGAAGGAGAGCGGGAUUAUGUCAACCGUUUCCGUGAAAUUCCACCAUAUGAUGUCAAGGCAAUGUACGGCCGGCAGCCUGAUCUGAGGGAUCCUUUUGAAAAGGAAGCUUUUAGAGAAUGGGAACGAAAGUACAGAGACUGGUAUGAAAAGUAUUAUAAAGGGUUGUCAGGGAAUCCUAUGCCAAGACCAAGGUCCCCUCUUGGUAGGGAAAACUUUCAAGACAACAGAUAUCUCCUUCCCCAUCCCCAUCAGGCCCGGAGGGAACACUCUCCAUUUAAUCGCAGCCACAGAGACAAUUAUCCUCCACCUCUUGUUCCCCGACUUCGCCCUGGAGCUAACAAUUACCCUGAAAAGCUAUUGCCCCGUGAGGCCCACGUGGUGAAAGAAACUAGACGAUCUAAGGAGAGGGAAGCUUUUGUCCCAGCUGGAGAUUCCAGAGGAAGCAAACACAGGAAACAUCGCAAAAAAAGGAAGGAUGAGGGCGAAGGUCCUUCUAAACCUGUUGUUGAACCUUCUAGAAAGCAUAGAGACUCUCAUGGGGAAGAUGUCAAAAGAGGUGAACCUCUCUUUGUUCCCACAAGCAAAGAUGAUGCUACUCCAGUUAGGGAUGAACCUAUGGAUGCAGAGUCUGUUGCUCCAAAAUCUCUUUCUGACAAAGACCGACGAGACAAACCCAGAGGGAAACCUGAAAAGACAAAGCGCAGAACAGAAGGUGUCCAGCCCAAAAAGGAUAAUUCUUCCAAGGUCGUCAAGAAUGAGAAAGCAAGCACUGAUGGAGAUAAAGCAAAACCUCCUUCUCUUGAACCCCCAACAAAGAAAGUCAAAGAUGAGACCCAAAAAACAGAAAACUCCAAGCAUACUACCUUACCGAAGGAUGAGAAAUCCAGCAUGCUGCCCCGCAAAGUCCAUCUUAAAGCUGUAAAAGAGAAUCCAGAUGGCAAACAAUCUAAGGAUGACAAAAACAAAAAAGAACAUUCCAAAGAUUUGAAACAGGACAUCCCAGCAGCUAAAGAAGAAAAGGUUAAAAAAGCUGCAGAAAAAACUAAAACUGUGGACUCCAAGCCUGAGAAACGCAAACGAAAAGCCGAUGAGAAAUCCAGUGAGAAGGCAUUAGAGAAACCACCAGUUAAGACUGCCAAAACCGAGACUGCUGAGGCUUCAAAACAACCUGUUGCCAAAGUGAAGACCGAGUCAGAAGUGACAAAGUCUGAGAAAGUCUCAGAGAAAGAGAAAGCUGCUGCUGCCACCACCACCGCCUCCUCUGCCGCCACCACCACAACUACUGUGAAAAAGAUAAAGCUGAAUCGUGAAACUGGCAAGAAGAUUGCUAACUCCGAUGCUGCUGGUGUGCCAGAGGAGACCCAAGAGAAGACGGAGUCUGCUGCUGUUGCCAAAGCUAAAUCAGAACGUGCUAAGGGAAAAGUGAAGAAGAAAAUCACUGCUGCUGAUGGCUCUACACUCGUAGACUAUACUAGCACUAGUUCCGCUGGUGGAAGCCCUGUUCGAAAAGCAGAAGAGAGGCAAGAUAUCAAGAGAACGGUUAUCAAGACCAUGGAAGAGUACAACAAUGACAGCACAGCACCUCCAGAGGAUGUUAUUAUACUGGUUCAGGUCCCUCAGUCAAAGUGGGACAAGGAUGACCUUGAGUCUGAUGAGGAUGAUACAAAAGGUUCACAGGGAGUUUCCAAUGUCGGAAAACCAGUGAGUGUCGUGACCAAACCAACGUCCACUGUAAUUUUGCCUGAAAGAGAGGUUGAAAAACUAAAAACAACUAAAGAACAGGGAAAAGACGUUGCGUCACAAGAUGGAAAACCUUCCAAAGAUAGCUUAGUAUCUCUAACCAAGAUCAGAGCAAAAGACAAAGGCAGUCCAGUUGAUGACAGAAAAAGCAAUUCUGAUCGCAGCCAGCAUUCUUCUAGGGAGAGGGCAUCUGAGAAACCAGAUUCUAGUCGUGGAGGCUCCAGUAAAGACUUCACCCCCAAUCGGGAGAAAAAAAACGAUACGGACAGCAAGGAUAAAAAAGUUGAAACUGAAAGGGAAAAAAGGGGUGAUCAUGACAGCAGAGAAAGGGACAAGAAACCUGAUCAGGACAAGAAGCAAGACUCUGAUAGCCGGGACAAAAAAACCGAGCAUGACAGCAGAGACCGAGAAAGAAGGCAAGAGCACGAUGGAAAAGAUCGGGAGAGAAAAGCGGAGCAUGAGAGCAGAGACAAAAAGUCUGACCAUGACAGCAAGACAAAGAAACUGGAUCAUGACAUAAAGGAUAGGAAACCUGACCAUGAUGUUCGGGACCAUAGCAACUCCAAGAGACGGGAUGAGCGGAAAAAAGACUCUCCAAACAGAACAAAAACAUCCUCUACUUCACAAAAACAAAGACCAAGGGACACAUCCAGUGACUCUUCUAAAAAGACAUCAAAAGAGUCUAAAGGUAGUCCAAGACAAGAGCACACAUCGAAGACUGAGCAGAAAUCAGACCUUAAACGUCCAAACAAUGACCAGCCAUCAUCUGAAAAAAAUAGUGAUAAGGUAAAGGAGAAAGUCCCCAAGUCGAAAACAACAGAUGACAUUGACAAAAAAUCCUCUAAACGCUCUUCCCCUGAAACAAAAACUGAAAAGGAAGUCGGUGAAAAAGACUCUUCAAAGGCCAAGGUCUCCCAAAGCCGAUCCACGCGGCUCUCAACGGACCUGACUAGAGAGACAGACGAAGCUUCCUUUGUGCCUGACUACAAUGAAAGUGACAGCGAGGCCUCUGUCAAACAGGAAGACAUUGCCCAUGACCCUCAGGAGACCAAAAACAAGGAUGAGGAAUCUGUGGAUAACGCAGAGCCAGGCAGCCAACCUGCCACUGCUCCAAGCAGCCGAACAGCAAGUCGCAGCCGUAGCCACAGCCCUGUGGAAUCUCACAGCCGCAGCAGCAGUGCCAGCUCAGCAGGCAGCCAAGACAGCAAGAAAAAGAAGAGGAAAAAGGACAAAAAGAAACACAAGAAACAUAAGAAACACAAGAAGCAUAAGAAGCACACUGGCAAUGAGUCAGAGACUGAAAAGAGCCAAAAACACAAACACAAAAAAAAGAAAUCUAAAAAGAGCAAAGACAAAGAGACUGACCGAGAAGAGGCUAAAGCCAAGCCUCCAGCACCCAACUAAGGUCUUCAAAUAGGACAAUAUUCCACCUUGUUACCUUUCAUUCUUUUUUUUUUUU